CCCUAGCUCAGUUCUUGUUUAUAUUCUUAGUUUAGAAUUUGAAUAUACUAUUACCGCUUGCAAGUUCUUAAUUCUUAAAGCUUGGAGCCUUUGUGUGCACAUAAUAAUAAAACAAAGAAGUUGACAUCAAAAUACAAACAUACAUAUAAAACAUUAUGGAAAUCCAACAAUUAGAAACAUUGUGCAAGCAGCUGUACGAAGCAACCGAUGCAAGCAUACGCGCUGAUGCUGAAAAGAGCCUUGUGUCUUUCGUCAAUAGCCAGGACGCCUUAGCCAAGUGUCAGCUAUUAUUAGAUCGAGCUGACUCCAGCUACGCACAACUACUUGCCGCAUCUACCCUCACAAAACUUAUACAGGGGAUAACUCUUGGACAACGCAUUGAUAUUCGCAGCUAUGCCCUUAACUACUUGGCAACCAGGCUUAAUUUGCAGCACUUUGUAGUCCAAGCGCUUGUAACACUUCUAGCUAAAAUCACAAAAUAUGGGUGGUUUGAUUCAUACAAGGGCGAAUUUAUAUUUCAAAACAUACUUGAGGACGUGAAAAAGUUUUUACAGGGUUCAGUUGAGCAUUGUACGAUCGGCGUGCAAAUCCUGUCACAGCUGGUAUCAGAAAUGAAUUCAAUUGUGGAAUUAGAUGCUAACUUAUCAUUUUCAAAAAAUCGGAAGAUAGCUACAUCCUACCGAGAUCAGCAACUGUACGAUACUUUUCUACUCUCCUGCUCUCUUUUGAUAAAUGCACGAGACAAUAGGAAGAAUUUAAAUUUUUUGGACGAAUCGCAACAGGCACUAAUAUCCCAAGUCUUACGAUUAACAAAAAACUGCCUGAGCUUUGACUUUAUUGGUAGUUCCACUGAUGAGUCAGCUGAUGAUAUGAACAAUGUCCAGAUACCAACAGCUUGGCGUCCUGCUUUUCUUGACACAAACACAUUAAAAUUAUUUUUCGAUUUAUAUCAAAUUUUACCGAAUGGUUUAGCCAGUUACUCACUUUCGUGCCUAGUACAAAUGACAUCUGUACGUCGAUCUCUGUUUAGUAACUCAGAGCGAACGAAAUUUCUGACCAACUUGGUUGAAGGAGUAAAAAAUAUACUCAGAAACUUGCAUGGUCUUAGCGAUCCAGAUAAUUACCAUGAAUUUUGUCGUUUGUUAGCGCGUCUGAAAUCCAAUUAUCAACUGGGGGAACUUAUUGCUGUUCCUUGCUACCCCGAAGCCAUAGAAUUAAUCGCGAAGUUUACGGUACAAUCGUUACAUAUGUGGCUCUUUGCUCCAAAUAGCGUGCACUACUUACUUACUCUAUGGCAGCGUAUGGUUGCUUCAGUACCGUACGUCAAAUCGCCGGAUCCACAUUUACUGGGCACAUAUACACCUGAAGUGAUAAAGGCAUACAUUGAGUCCCGUCUAGAUGCUGUACCUUUAAUUGUACGUGAUAAUAUGGAGGAUCCCUUAGACGAUCUUUGUAUGGUACAACAACAGCUUGAACAGUUAUCAGUAAUCGAGCGUUGCGAGUACAAUAAGACUUGCAACCUUCUUGUACAACAUUUUGAUCAAAAGGCACGUGAGUACGAAAAUCUCAUACAGACCCUCAAUGCGAACCCUAUAGAUAUUACGGUCCAUGAGUUGCAAUUGACUUGGUUGGUUUAUAUAAUUGGUUCGGCCAUUGUGGGGAGACUUUCUGUGACCACCAGCGAUGAACAUGACAAUAUGGAUGCAGAGCUUGUUAUUCGUGUACUGCAACUUAUGAGUUUAACCGACUCACGUCUUCCUCAAACUGGUUGUGAGAAGCUGGAACUGGCCAUUUUGAGCUUUUUAGAUCAGGUUCGUAAAAUGCAUAGCAGUGACCAGGCACAAAAAGCAACUGUUUACAAGCGGCUUAAUGAAGUUUUUGGACUAAAUGAUGAGCAAAUGUUGCUAAGUUUUAUAAACCGUAAAAUCAUAACUAACCUAAAGUUUUGGGGUCGUUCUGAGCAAAUAAUUACAAAAACUUUAGUGUUAUUAUCCGAUCUGUCAGUGCACUUUAAUUCAGUGCGCAAAUUAGCUCGCUUAGAGGAAGUUCAAUUCAUGUUGACACAUCACACAAGCGAACAUUUUCCUUUUCUUGGUACGAGCUCAUCUUUGAACGAAAUGCGUUGUCGGACAAUGUUUUACACAGCCUUAAGUCGUUUAUUAAUGUUUGAUUUGGGCGAGGAUGAAGAACGUUUCUACAAUUUUCUUACACCACUUACAAAUCAGUUUGAAACACUUGGAAAUGUGCUAAUGGAUACAAAAAGUUUUCCAAAUGAAGAGGUCAAGAAAGCGAUUAUUGGGUUAGCCCGCGACUUGCGUGGUCUAGCAUUGCCGCUUAAUGCUCGUAUUCAAUACACUAUGCUUUUUGAAUGGCUUUACUACACUGAUUACUUACCCAUAUUGCUUCGUGCGGUGGAAUUGUGGGCGCAUGAACCUGCUAUUACUACUCCUGUCUUAAAGCUAUUUGCUGAAUUAGUACAUUGCCGCACACAGCGUUUAGCCGGAAACGUAUCUAGUCCUAUGGGUAUUUUGUUGUUUCGCGAGGCAUCAAAACUUAUUUGCAUAUAUGGCAAUCGUAUUCUGCAUCUGGAGGUGUCAACUGAUCAACUUUACCCAAUGAAACUAAAGGGAAUAUCAAUCUGCUUCUUGAUUCUAAAAAAUGCGCUUGGAGGGAACUAUGUCAACUGUGGUGUGUUUAAAUUAUAUGGUGAUGAUACAUUACAUAAUGUUCUUGAUAUUGUCGCCAAGCUUAUUCUUUCAAUACGACAAAGUGAUUUAUUGGAAUACCCGAAAUUGGCCUCGGCUUAUUACAAUUUAUUAAACUGUCUAUCUCAGGAUCAUGUGACAUAUCUUGCCACUUUAGAACCACGCGCAUUUGUAUAUGUAUUGGAAAGUCUGACAAAGGGCCUUGCCGCACUAGAUUCGGCAAUUUAUAUCAGCUGUUGCACUAUUUUAGAUAGCAUUGUAUCGUACAUCUUUAAGCAGCUUCAAUUAAAAAUUUCAACAUUCCCAAACAAGAAGCUACGAAGUUUGACACGGGAAAAUUCACAAUUUCUUAAGGUCUGUUUAUUUUUCUGUGCCUACUACUAUUUUUUAUUUGUCUUUCUGAAUAAUCCCUGUAUAAAUGAAAAUCAACUAUCAGCAAAAUACUAGUAAGUGGGAAAUCUU